CGGAUGAGCGGGACUGGAGGAUCGUUUAGUAGUUAUGGUAUCCCUGCUGUCUAGAGGUGUCGGCGUCGUUGUCAAGUCGCUGGCCGGGCUCAGCUUUACACAGGCUGCAAGAUGCAGCAGCCUUCCCAGUGCUUUAUCGGCUAUUCGGUGUUCAACAGCAAGAUGGUUCUCGGAAAAUAUAACUUCAUAUGAUUUCCCAAAAGCUCCUUCCCCAGGGGACCCCCCAAAACGUCCCCUGCCAGCGUAUUUUCGCUUUUUUAAGCAGCACCGACCACUAAUCGCUAAGCAGCACCCGGGGGCGUCUUUCAAAGAUAUUUCUACGUUCACAGCCGAUAAAUGGAGAGCACUUUCAGAUCCUGAAAAACAAGUAUAUUUAGAUGCUGCAAGACUUGAUUUAAUGCAGUACAGAGACACUGUACAAAAAUACAAAGACAGUCUCAACCCUCUGGACUUGGAAAUGCUGAAAGAGAAAAAAAAGCAGAAGAUGGAGAAACUAAAAAAGAUACAGCAGAAAAGGGAUUUGAAGUUACUUGGGAGACCCAAACAACCACGUUCCGCCUACAAUAUCUUCAUGUCCGAACAUUACCAUGAAGCUAAAGGCAAUUAUGCACAUGAAAAGUUAAAAGCCGUAGCAAAUGAUUGGCAAAAUAUGCAUAACUCAAAAAAACAGGUGUAUAUGCAGUUAGCUCAAGAUGACAAAGUCAGAUACCUAAAUGAAGUUAAAGCUUGGGAAGAACAGAUGAUGGAGAUUGGUCGUGAAGAUCUUGUUCGAUAUGGAUCGAGACUGAGGGUAUUCCGGUGA